AUGUCGACUAUCGCUAUCAACUGCCUUAUUUCUGGUGACGACCCUGACAAGAUAUUCACAGUUGAGAUCUCCUCGAACAAGAAUGUCAGCAUCCUCAGGGGCAUUAUCAAAGGGGAGAGCCAGGCACUUUCGAGUAUCGAUUCAAAGGCAAUACGACUCUUCAAGGUUUCGCUUUCCGAUGCCGACCUGGAGCAAGCGCGAGAUCCGAGAAAGAUCGACGCCGCACAGGAGCUCUCCUCACCGCUCGCAGAGAUCUCAGCCAUCUUCAAGGAUCUGCCAAAGGAUAAAGUCCAUGUUAUUGCACUUGCGCCCACUGGCACUGGAAACCACCAGCGACCUCCCUCACUCUCGCCAGAGCUGCGCAAAGAACUUGAAGCGGCAUGGACCCAGGAAUACCAGGGAUCAACUCAUCAAACCCUGCUCAGCAACAUCCAAUCCGAUCCACGUGGAUCGCCUUAUUGCAACACUGGGGCCAUCAUCCAGUCAUCUGGAUACGGAAAGUCUCGUACGGUCGACGAGCUUGCCAAGCUUGUGUUCACUAUACCAAUGAACCUUCGGGCCGAAGCUGAAACUCAACAAGGCGCAUACCCUCUUCCAGACACAUGCAUUGCGAAGUCGAUACUGUCAAUGGCCAAAGCGACUUCUGACGACGACGUAGUGACGAUGUUCCACAUGCUCUUUUGCACCUUGUUCCAACGGAUUGUGGCAGAACUGAAUUCCAUUGACUGGGCUUCGGACAUCCAAGCCAAAGAUUUUGCUACUCAAUGGCGAAAGCAUUUGCUGGAGGGUGGUGUUAGGUCCGAACUCUAUUCCAGCGUUAUUCGUGAUGUCGAGCCACGAUUCCGAAUGGACCUACCAUCAUCAGCUAAGAGCGAUGCAGUAACAGCCUUGCAGGAGCUCAUUAGGCGGAUCCCAGUUGCUAAAGGAAAAGCUCCGUUGGUUGUGAUGUAUGUUGACGAAGCCCACGAGCUCGACGUCCGGGCCAUAAACUCAAGUCGCAACUUAACACUCUACGACCUCUUCACCACGGCCGUAUCCGAGUACCCUGAGGGCUUCUUUGUUUUGACCGUUGUGGCCGGCGAUCUCAUACCCCCCUACACUGAAAUGCCUUUUGACUGUCAUCCAUCAUUGCCGGUGUCGUCUCUGGGGGACUUGACUCUCAAGGACGUGCAGGAUUUCAGCUUCAUUGCCCGAUUUGGGCGUCCCUUAUUUUGGUCUAUGCUUGAAGCAGCUCGGCAGAGCUCUCCAAAAUCUCCUCCUCAUGCAAAAAUCAGGAUCUUUGCUCUGCAAAAGUUGACCAACUCGGCCCACAUUUCAGAUUUGAACUCGCAUGCAAAGCUGGCUAUCCUCGACACCAUCUUAAACCUGGAGUUCUACCCUUUCAGAGCUCAAACAGUUUCGCUGAUGGAGGACCUGAUCUCCAGCCAUAUGCGUACUGCCUAUUCUGCCCCGAUACAUCGAGAGUAUCUGCACACAGGUUAUCCGUCGGAGCCUGUGCUAGCAGAGGCGGCCAUGCAGGCACUGUACCUCACCGAGAGUGCAAGUAAGAGGGAUCAAGAUGCGGCGGCCGAGUUCUUCUCUUCCCUCGAUGACCAUCCUCGACCAUCCAGCAUCUCAAUGGUUCUACGCAUGAAGCCCUUCUGGAGAACUAACAACGAAUCAUAUGAUUGGUUCAACGAUUCAUGGCUUCGGGCUGAUGAGAAUGAAGUGGAGGAGGAUGCAGUCAUAGAGGAGGAAGAGGAGGAUAUGGUGCUGGAAAAGGUACAGGAGCAUGUGCCAACCAGGUCUGAAGACAAGAAGCAGAAUUUGGCCAUGGUUGUGGACUAG